AGGUCUGCUCUCUGCACCAUGCUGCUCUCUACCUCAGUCCCCAAUGACACUGCCUUCCACCCGUCCACAUUUACUUUACUUGGAAUCCCUGGAAUGCAAGACCAGCAUGUGUGGAUUGCCAUUCCCUUCUGCUCCAUGUACAUCCUUGCUCUGGUGGGCAAUGGCACCAUCCUCUACAUCAUUAUGACAGACAGAGCUCUGCAUGAGCCAAUGUACCUCUUCUUGUGCCUGCUUUCCGUUACUGACCUGGUUCUCUGUUCAACAACAUUGCCUAAAAUGCUCACAAUCUUCUGGCUCAAGUCCCACCUCAUUUCCUACCGUGGCUGCCUCACCCAGAUGUUCUUUGUUCACGCUAUCUUUGCCACAGAGUCAGCAGUUCUGCUGGCCAUGGCUUUUGACCGCUAUGUGGCUAUCUGCCGCCCACUUCACUACACUUCCAUCCUCAACGCCAUGAUGAUUGGAAAGAUCGGUCUGGCAUGUGUGCUGCGUGGCCUUCUCUUUGUCUUCCCUUUUGUCAUUCUUAUCGAGCGCUUACCCUUCUGCGGACAUCACAUCAUCCCACACACCUACUGUGAGCACAUGGGCAUAGCGAAGCUGGCCUGUGCCAGCAUCAAGCCUAAUACCAUUUAUGGUCUUACCGUAGCACUUUCAGUCACUGGCAUGGAUGUGGUCCUCAUCGCUACCUCCUACAUCCUGAUCCUGCAGGCUGUGCUGCGACUGCCCUCCAAGGAUGCCCAAUUCCGAGCAUUCAGCACUUGUGGAGCCCACAUUUGUGUAAUUCUUGUUUUCUAUAUCCCUGCCUUUUUUUCAUUUUUCACCCACCGCUUUGGCCACCAUGUACCUCCUCAGGUACACAUUGUACUGGCAAAUCUUUAUCUCCUUGUACCUCCUGUUCUCAACCCCUUAGUCUACGGCAUUAAUACCAAACAAAUCCGUGUGAGAAUACUUGACCUUUUUGUAAAGAAGAGAGAACAAUAAUUUCUGCAUGGGUAAAGGACUAAUGAGGUCUUGGCUUAAGGUUGUUGCUUCUGCUA